UAGCAGCAGUUGUUUCUCACAUGCAUAGACUAAAUGUCUUCUUUUUGUUUGUAGAUAUGGCUCGUGGACAGCAGAAGAUUCAGUCACAGCAGAAAAAUGCCAAAAAACAAGCUGAGCAAAAAAAGAAACAAGGACAUGAUCAGAAGGCUGCAGCCAAGGCUGCCUUGAUAUAUACCUGCACUGUCUGUAGGACACAAAUGCCGGACCCCAAGACCUUCAAACAGCACUUUGAAAGCAAGCAUCCUAAGACUCCACUUCCUCCAGAAUUGGCUGAUGUUCAGGCGUAAAGUUGUCUACAGGUGAAGUCAUGGCACCUAUUGACUCUUCUACUGUCAGACCUUACAUAACAAACCUGCAGCUGCUUUUCUAAAACUGUUGAUCAGCAAAAAUGAAGGGGCUACAGAAACAUUCAUAUUUUUAUGCUGUUCCCUCUUGGGCUUCAUGCAAAGACAAUUCUGUGUAAAUGUACAGUUGUGCCCUAUUUGGAAAUCCUGAAAAAUCAGUCCAUACUUGUUAUAAAAAAUUUUUUACAAUUGUAAUUAUAUUGAUGUUCAUAUUGUGUAAAAUAACUCAUUUAAUAAAGUAGUACUUUGAUUUUACAGUAUCACAGAUUAAAUGCUUGUAGAAGUUCUGUUUCAACUUUCUGCAUUAUCUGCCUUAUUAAUAUCCUAAAAAAGACAAAGUGGAAUCUUCCCCAUCCUGCCAAAACUUGAGCAGUAUUAUUCCACUGAAAGUAAUGUACAUUACAGUAAAUUAAUCUUAAGUGAAGAGGGAAGCUGCUCAGAUUUAUUGUUCAGUGUGCUGCAUGCUUGAGCUCAGUCACUAGUGUUCAAGUUCUUGGCUCAAGAGGCAAACUCAACUCCUUAGAAGCUGCAUUAGAAUCGUGAGACUUCCUUCCACGUGUUUUGUUCUGCACAUGCGAAUCUAGUACUAAAAGUCAUUUAGAAUGAGAUUCCUUUAUUGCAAGGGAGCUUGUUCCUUGGAGUCAUGCACUGGAGAGAUUCUUGUUAGACAAGUGAUCCUUAAUAUUUGGUAGAUGGCUGAGGAAGCUGAAAGAUGAUAGAAUUGAAUGCUCUGGGGCAUGCUGGCUUGAGUAACGCUCACAAAUAUUAUAUCAGGUUAAAGUAACUCUGCCCUUAGUUGUAAUUAUUGAUUUGAAAGGUUUUUAAAGAUACUUGAGCAGUCAACCACACAAGCUCCCCCUUCAGAUGUCUCUGGUUGUUUCAGUAGCAGCUCUUCAAGAAAUACAUAAAGUAACCAGCUAUUAAUACCCUUACUUCACAACCAGCUUAAAAUAAGCCUAUUGGAGUAGAGCCAAAGUAACUAAAAUCAUAUGGCUAGUUUUAAGACAUCAGAUGUGAUUGAAGUUUCAUUGUCAAGAGAAAGCUGGAUAAUAAGCAGUCUGGCCAAGAGCAUUUGAGAAGCUAAACAUAAUUAACCUUAGUGUUAUGGGCACAGUUCUAAUCCCAGAUGUACAGCGCAGAAGUGGUAGAAAACAUCUGAAUUGUGCUAGAAGGUCUCCCAUCCUCUACAUUUGGCGUGGGCUUGUUUAAGAACUUUAGUUUUCAAUCUACAGUAAGAAGCAAUGCUAGAAUAGUGGUGGGUUUUUUUUGGUUACAAUUGAUGCAAAAUAAUUUUGGCAGUCCGAGUAACUCUUGCUGCAUGGCAGGACUGUUUAUCUGACCUUCAAAUGGCUUCCUGAAAUCUAGGACCAUAGCCUCAAAGACUCAUUCACUUAAAAGAAUGCACUUGGUAUUUUAUUAUAUAAAGUCAAAGUCUUUGUCCACUUGUUUGCUCUUUAAUGAACUACUUCUGUGAGAUUAGCUUUCUGUCCUCUUUACUAUGGCAGUUAUCUCUGUAAAUACUCACUUUGGCAUAGUUUCUCUGUAUUAUAGUCAUUCUGGGAUAACCUGUAUACCACUUUUAUAGAUAAAGUUGUUCUCCUCUGGGAGUAAUCCACUACUGCACUUGUGCACUUGACAUCAGAAUGUAACCCUUCAUUUAUUUUUUUUUUAAUGUUAUCAAUAAGUAUAUCCUGACAGACUGGCUCCCAGGAGACAAGAAAUCUGCUCUCAACCUUUGUGCUGGAUGGGGGAGGAGUGUUUAAAUGUUCCUAUGCUGUAGUUUGUCUAAAAAUAUGCCCAGUGCAAAUUGAUUAAGGUAUCUCUUGCACUUAUUGAUAUUUGGUAAUCUGAUUUUACUUUGGAGAAUAUUUGGGAUGCAUCCCUAUAGUUCAAUCCUAAAGUGAAGUAUAUGUUCCUUCAGUUCAGAUUGUGUAGCAUUAAAUAAAAAUAUUUUAUUUCAUAAACAAUCUCUCUUAAUGAGCACUUAAGAGCUGGAAAGCUAUAUCACUUGUAGGAUGGAUGAAUUAUGUUAGAAUUGUUAUAUUUUCAAAACUGUAUGAUGCUCAAUUUGAAAAUACCAUAUGAAUUGAUGUUUUUUAUGUACUAGACGGCAAAGGCAAUCCUCAGUUCAAUAAGACUCCUAGCUGCAGUGGUUGUAAUCUAAAAUAUGGUAACAAAUUAAACCUAUGACUGAAUUGUUAUAAAGGCUUUAUAAGAAUAGUGGGAACGCUACACUAAGUGGGGGAAUUGUUAUCAUUGAGAAUAUUUGCAAUACUCCAUGUACCUAAAAGUUCAGAGGAAGGUCUAGGAGUUUUCUAUCAUCUCUUCCUGAUCUGAAGGAUGGCAUCCUGUUAUCUGGCUAAAGACACAGUUGUGCAUUGUAAUGUGUCUGAUUAAAGAGAUUAAAAAACUAAAAUGUAAAAUGUGA